CUGACCCAGGGAAUCACCGGCGCCACCGGCCAGUUCCACACCAAGGCGUGCAAGGAAUAUGGCACCCGCAUGGUGGCCGGCGUCACCCCCGGGAAGGGCGGCACCUCCUUCGAGGACAUCCCGGUGUUCGACAGCGUGGAGAAGCGGUGCGGGAGACCGCGGCCAACGCCAGCGUCAUCUACGUGCCGCCGGCCUUUGCCGCCGACGCCAUCAUGGAAUCGGCGGACGCGGGCGUGCCUCUGGUCAUCUGCUAUCACCGAGGGCGUGCCGGUCCAGGACAUGAUGCGGGUGAAGCGCUACCUGAAGGAGCGCGGCACCGUGCUGGUGGGACCCAACUGUCCGGGCGUCAUCACCCCCGGCGAGUGCAAGAUCGGGAUCAUGCCCGGGCACAUCCACAAGAGGGGCACCAUUGGCGUGAUUUCCCGCAGCGGCACGCUGACCUAUGAAGCCGUGGACCAGCUCACCCGCCUGGGCAUGGGACAGUCCACCUGCGUCGGCAUCGGCGGCGAUCCCAUCCGCGGGCUCAACUUCGUAGACGUGCUCGACAGGUUCAAUGACGACGACGAGACCGAGGCGGUGGUGCUUAUCGGGGAGAUCGGCGGCAGCGCCGAGCAGGACGCCGCGGACUGGAUCCGGGCGCAUAUGAAAAAGCCCGUGGUGGGCUUCAUCGUGGGCCAGACCGCACCUCCGGGAAAGCGCAUGGGUCAUGCCGGCGCCAUCAUAUCCGGAGGCAAGGGGACCGCGGCGGAAAAGGUCGAGGCGCUGCGCGGCGCGGGGGUGCACAUGGCGCCGUCUCCCGCGGACAUCGGACAAACCAUGAAAGAGGCAUUGGGAUAG